ACUCUAUUUUCAUGCUGCCGAUCAGGCUAUGACAUAGCUACACCGCAAAGCUAUAAAGGAACUCGACUCCUCGAUUAUUUCGGAAUUGAACCAUCCAGAAAAACAAACACCACUGAAACAGUCAAUUUGAAGUGACACAUCCACUUACACACCAUCCUACACUUUGACUUCAACAUACACUCACCAGUCUCUUAUCCUAUCCCGCAACACACAAUCAACCAGCAAAAUGGGCUCCAUCACCCCCGUAUCCGAGUCCAGGCUCUUCAAGCCCUUGAAGAUGGGCAAUGUCACUCUUCAACAUCGCAUCGUCUUCCCUCCCCUGACCCGCAACCGUAACGACGAUGACCACACGCCUCUCCCCCUCAUGGAAAAGUACUACGCCGACCGCGCCUCCACGCCCGGCACAUUGGUCAUUUCCGAGGCCACUUCAAUUUCUCACGCCGAAGAGGGACAGCGCAACAUCCCUGGUUUCGUCAGCGAUCGUCAGGUUGCCGCUUGGAAGAAGAUCAUCGAUGGCGUACACGCUAAGGGCUCUUUCUACUUCCAGCAGAUCUGGGGCCUCGGACGAGCUUCCACAACUGAUUAUAUCGCCGAGCGAGGCUUCCCAUACCGAUCUAGCAGUGACGUGCCUCUGGAGGGUUGCGAUGUUGCACCCAGAGCUAUGACGGAGGAGGAGAUCCUUCAGACGAUCCAGGACUUUGUCGAUACAGCCAAGAGGGUUGUUGCCGCUGGUGGAGAUGGUGUUGAGAUCCAUUCCGCUCAUGGCUAUCUCCUCGAUCAGUUCCUCUCCGACGCUGUCAACAAGCGCACCGACAAGUGGGGUGGUUCCAUCGAGAACCGAUCACGAUUCACGCUCGAGGUGGUCAAGGCCGUUGUUGCAGCCAUCGGCGCCGAGAAAGUGGCUAUUCGUCUCUCUCCUUACGCUGGAUUCCAAGGAGCCAUCAAGUCCGACAUCAACGAGUUGUACACCUACCUCAUUGAGGAGCUCAAGAAGAUGAAUGUCAAAUUCGCCUACCUCUCUCUUGUCGAGGCGACCGGCGAUCCUGCUGCCAUUGUUCUCGGCACCGAGGCACCCAACAAGGGCAAGACUUUGGAUUUCAUUCUCGAGGCCUGGGAUAACCUGUCGCCUGUUCUCGUCGCGGGAGGUUACACGCCCGAGACUGCGGCCUGGGCGUUGGAUGACCACUACAAGAAGUGGGAUGUGCUCAUCGCAUUCGGCCGACACUUCCUGGCCAAUCCUGACUUGGUCUUCAGAGUUAAGAAUGGCAUUGAGUUGAACAAGUACAACAGAGCGACCUUUUAUUUGACCAUGUCGGACGUGGGCUACAACGACUACCCAUUCAGCGAUGAGUUUUUGAACACCCAGGCAUGAGUCUGAGUGGUUGGAGUUUGAGAUGGCGCGAGGAUAAUCUUUUUUAAAAUCCCUGAUCGAUACAUAGACAUAGAAGGAGAGGGCACAUAGAUAUGCGAAUCAUGAACUUUUAUCACUCUAUCUGUUUCGUUGUAUACCAGAUUAUCCGCUUCAUCCACGUCUCAAUAGGCCCUCGAUAACUUCCUAGCUUUGCCCCGCA